UGCAAACACGUCCUGGAUGAACAAGGGACAUCAGAACUACUUAAACAUGUGGCUCUAUUGCCUGAAAAGAUGCUCCUACUGCAACUUCAACAAGUAUAUUCUUCAGAAUCAAAACCAUGCGGUUAUGACGGAAUGCCUGCAGAAAGAGACACAGACUUCACUGCAACUCAGUCAGGUGUCACGGAUCAGCUCAGUGUUUUUUGGAGGAGGAACACCCAGCCUGGCUCAGCCCUCCACAAUCGCUGCUGUCUUGGAGACGGUCUCCAAACACACUGGUCUCUCAGAUGAUGCCGAGGUCACUCUGGAAGUGAACCCUACACCUGCUGGAAAGGCCCGUCUGAAGGACUUCACGGCAGCAGGAGUUAACCGAUUUUCUAUUGGAGUUCAGUCGCUGAAUGACGGUCACCUGAGGAUACUAGGCAGGGAUCACGAUUCCCAGCAUGCUCUCUGGACCGUGUCAGAGGCCAGGACGCUCUUCCCGGGACGCGUGUCAGUGGAUGUCAUGUUUGCUCUUCCAGGCCAAAGUGUAAAGUCAUGGGAGACUGAGCUGAAGAAACUGCUGCUGGUUUGUGACGAUCACGUUUCACUGUAUCAGCUGACUUUGGAAAGGGGUAUGCAGCUUUUUAAACCGGUUGAUAGCGGUGAACUAAGCGUGCCUGGUGACAAUGUCACUGCUGUUAUGUACAAUUCAGCACGAGGAGUCCUGGAAAAGGCUGGGUUUCGUCAAUACGAGGUGUCCAACUUUGCCAAAAAUAACGCUGUCAGUGAACACAAUAUCGGGUACUGGAGGGGAUGUCAAUACAUUGGUGUAGGACCAGGGGCACAUGGACGGUUUGUGCCGCUUGCAGUGGGAGGAGUUCAGAGGGAAGCUCGAACCCAGACUUUAGAACCAGAUGUUUGGAUGCGAGAGCAUCACGGUCACGGGACACGCCGCCGAAUACAGCUCGACCACGGCGGCCUGCUGGAGGAGGUUUUGGUCAUGGGUCUGCGUAUGAAUGAAGGAAUCACCCAGCAGGGGUUUGCGGUGCUCCUGGGAAGGGUUAGCAUUGCUGGACAGCAUCUUACCCACAAUGCUGCUUGAAUUAGAGAUGUUUUUCAAAAAGCAAUACACCAGCAGAAAGACAGACCUCCAGAGAGACAGAUGACAGUUUGCAACAGAGAAAUAUGAGAAAGAGAUUGCACACAAGGCAAUAGGUAAUAAGGUAAAAAUGAAACAAACUCCCAUGAGGAGAAACACGUAUUCUUGAAGAAUG